AUGAGCGCCUGCAGCAGGAGGGCGCUGACCCUGCUCAGCAGCGUCUUCGCCGUCUGCGGCCUUGGCCUCCUCGGCAUCUCCGUCAGCACCGACUACUGGCUCUACCUGGAGGAGGGCAUCGUGCAGCCCCAGAACCAGACGGCAGAAAUCAAGCUGUCCCUGCACUCGGGGCUGUGGAGGGUCUGCUUUCUGGCAGGCAUCUACAGAGGACACUGCUUCCGAAUCAACCACUUCCCUGAAGACAACGACUAUGACCACGACAGCUCGGAAUACCUUCUCCGCAUUGUCCGUGCCUCCAGUGUGUUCCCCAUCCUGAGCACAAUAUUGCUGUUGCUGGGAGGACUCUGUGUUGGAGCAGGAAGGAUUUACAACAGCAAAAACAACAUUAUUCUCAGUGCUGGGAUUCUCUUUGUUGCAGCAGGACUAAGUAAUAUCAUAGGGAUCAUUGUCUACAUAUCAAGCAACACGGGUGACCCAAGUGACAAGCGAGAUGAGGACAAGAAGAACCAUUACAACUAUGGUUGGUCCUUUUAUUUUGGAGCUUUGUCUUUUAUUGUGGCUGAAACUGUCGGUGUUCUGGCUGUGAACAUUUAUAUUGAGAAAAACAAGGAGCUGAGGUUUAAGACCAAGAGGGAAUUCCUUAAGACUUCUUCCAGUUCUCCUUAUGCCAGGAUGCCAAGUUAUAGGUACAGGAGGCGGCGGUCCAGGUCCAGCUCUCGAUCCACAGAGCCUUCUCCAUCCAGGGACAUUUCUCCAGUUGGCAUGAAGAUAGCAGGCACCAUUCCCAUGAACGAAAUCUCCAUGUACACUCUUUCCAGAGAGCCCUUGAAGGUGACAACAGCUGCCAGCUACAACGCGGACCAAGAAGCCAGUUUUCUGCAGGUUCACAACUUCCUUCAGAAGGAAUUUAAGGAAGGACUCCAUGUCAACAUGGUCAACAGGAGAACAACGCCUGUUUGA